AUGGACGCCGUCGUCUCCACCCUCUCCGCGCUCGCCGUCUUCGUCAACACGACUGACCACGGUGCCGUGAGGAGCGUGCACGGGUAUAGGGUCGUCGCGAAGGGAGGGGACUGCGGGUGGGAGAAGUGGGUGGAGAGGGAGUUCGCCUUCUCCCCUUCCUCGUGCCGCGAGCUCCCGGCCCCCGUCGUCGCGCCGCGGUUGCUCUCGGCGGACUGGGUCGGCCGGCCCGUGUACCACGAGGGGAAAAUGGUGGGCGCCUGGCGCUGCAUCCUAGCAUUCGAUUCCGUUGCCGCCGUUGUGCCGCCGCCCACUCCUCCGCCCAUGCUCUCCCCAUCCGGGAAUCCUGGGCUGAUGUCUGUGCCUUCCCUGUACGAGGACCUGAACGAGGUGUUUCAGUUUCAGAAUUCUGAAAAGGUCCCAGAGCUUCAAUGUGAUCCAGAUGAGCAAUCGACCCGUUUGGAUGAAAGGGAGAGAACCUCUAACGAGAUUGGUGAAUCAGAUUCUGAUUCUGACGACGAUCCCCAAACUGGUGAAGGACUCCCAGAACCAGUUCAGAAGCAGCGGAGAGCCAACCAGAAGUACAUAGCUAGCAUUACUCUAGUUGACAUAGCUCAGUACUUCCAUCUUCCAAUCAGGGAAGCAUCCAAGACUCUGAAGAUUGGAGUCAGCAUACUGAAGAGGAAAUGUCGGCAAUAUGGGAUACCCCGCUGGCCUCACCGAAAAAUCAAGUCCCUUGAUUCCCUGAUCCAUGAUCUUGAGUAUGUGAUUGAUGACACAGAAAGAGAUGGUGUGCAGCGGGAGAAGGCCAAGCACAAGAAGAAGGAAAGGGAAAUGGAGAAGGAGAAGGAGAAGCAUGACGCCAUCCGGGCAUUGGCUAAGCGGAAGAAGAUGCUGGAGAGUGAGAAGGAGACCAUCACACUGAAGCCUGCCCUGGACCUGAUGGCUGAAACCAAGCAGUUCAGGGAGGACGUCUUCAAGAGGAGAUACAGAGCUAAAAAUAUAGCGACCCGCUAGAUUUCUCCUCCUUCGUCAGACCUAGCAUUGAACUCUCAUGUCAUGUGUAGCAAGGGGAGAGCUCCUUGGACAGCAGGAAGGUGAUUCCUGAAGUUCGUAGUGCCAGAUACCAAAGACAGCCAAUGCUGUCCGGUUAACUUAGCUUUGAACCAUGUAUGCUCAGUAGUCAGUACAUCUUUGUAAACUGUGUUGUACUGUUGUGUUCUGAUGGUGAUGCUGGUGCUUUGUGUCUCCGGAUGGUUUUGCAUUCUGGCCGAUCUGGCGAACGGAUCUAGCUGAAACUGAGUCUGAACAUGCCGAGGAAGGAACUCUG